AUGUCCUGGGAUUGGAUCUGUAAGUCAAAGAAGGCAGGUGGUUUAGGCAUGAGAGAUUGUACUUCUUGGAACACAGUAGCCUUAGGUAAGUAUGUAUGGAAGGUAGCUAUGAAGGAGGAUUCUAUGUGGGUUCGUUGGGUCCAUGCUGUUUACAUUAAAGAAGGAUAUUGGUGGGAGUACAAGCCAAAAAAGAGUGCAGGGUUGAAGACUAGGAGCAGAUUGUUUGACUGGGGUGCCUGCCAGGAUAAUAGUUGUUUCUUGUGUGGUGAGGUUAUUGAGGACAGGAAGCAUUUGUUUUUUGAAUGUGGGUAUAGCCUAAAGUGUCUCGCAAGUAUCAGGGAGUGGCAAAAUAUCCCAGUAGAUGAUUUUAAUAUUGAUACCUUAUGGAAAUUUUGGGAAGGAAAGGUGAAGGAUGCUGUCAAAAAAAGAGUAUGCUAUGCUGUUUUGGCUGCAAUUGUCUACCAGAUCUGGUAUGCUAGGAAUAAGGCUCUCUGGCUACAAGUUGUUAUUCGUCCAAGGGAAAUUUGCAAAGCAAUUCGUACUGAGGUUGUGCAGAGGUGUAAACAGAUGAUAAAUGGCAAGUGGACAAGGCAACAGUGUAAAUGGUUGUAUAGUUUACAUGAUUGUAAUGUAUAG